AUGCCUGUAACGAGAGGAAGUGCACGGUUGAAAGACGAUCAGGUGGGGGAGGAGAUUGAACAGACAUUGACACAAACAGAAGCCAUACGUGAUUUAGAAGAUAUGGCUAAGCAAUUGACGAAGACGCUCAAGCAUCUGCUGACUGCGCAUCGACAGCUGGACAAUGACGCGACCACGAUUCAGGCUGGGAUGGACGAGUUGCAUCGCAUGCAAGAGUCGCGGGCCGAGCACAUUGUUGAGCGAUUGAAGAAUGCCAGUUCGACAAUUCUUGCGUUUAGUGACGUAAGCUCAGAGGAACGCCCCGAGGGCGAGGGAGACGGCGAUGAAGAAGAUUAA